GGCUCUCAGUUCCUCCAAAGAGAGGCAUCAUGGAGCAACUACUCACACUCAUUUUAAUUGUGGGGACCGUUUUCGUUGGUCUUUCUCACGGAGAGCUGCAGUGCUUCAUCCCAGGAGAAUGUCUAGAUUCCUUGAUAGUGGACAUCAGCCCGAGCAACAAUUCUCGGGAAUGCCUCCAGAAGUGCCAGAACACCCGCGGUUGUGAGUGGUUCACGUAUUACAACCAAACCAAGCUCUGCGCUUCGCUCACCACGUGCCUGAACCUAAAUGCAACCCACUGCACUGAUUGCAUUUCGGGUGAAGACGAAUGUCCCGAGUUUAUUUGCGGGGCUCAAGGCUCAUGCUUGGGUGCCUCUGAGGGCAUUCGAGUGGAGAGUGGUCUAUCAAGUUGCCGACAAACGUGCUCGGACUCUGCCAAAUGUCACUGGUUCACGUUUGAUAACAGUUCCAAUGUCUGCACCCUGACGGCUGAUUGUCCAGCCCUUGAUAAACGGUGCCAAACUUGUGCAGCCUCUGAGCAAUUCUGUGACGAGCACGACAUUCGCCGUGGAUGGGCCAAGAGUCUCCUUGACUUGCGUCGGAGACAUGACUCGUCGAAUGGAACCUCGACUCACCCACCCUUACCCGAAAGUGAGCGAGAGGUCCUAUUCGUGGUGGCUGGAUCAGAUAUCACUGGUGUGGAGCUAGUAGACCUGAAAAACAAGUCCAUGGAUGUGACUAACUAUGUCGGCAGGACGAAUUGCGCCAAACCGGCCAAUUAUCCAAUUGCCAUUGUCGGGGCGGCCGGAGCCGUAUUUGACGAGCUGCCUUAUGUCUGUGGCGGGGAUCUAUCCUAUGGGCGCGAGUGUCAUCGCUAUGAGAAAGAAGAUAACACUUGGCACAAGGCAGCCACGAUGAAAUACAACAUCGCGAACAUGUCCUUCGCUCAGGUCCCAAGAGAGGGCCUCUGGCUCUCCGGGGGCGAUUCCAAAGCCUUCCAAGGUCUCUCGAAUCUGACCAUGUUGGUGUUGUCGGACAAGAUAAAAUCUGGCCCUGAGUUGCCUUACCCUGAGAAAUAUCAUUGCUUAACCAUGCUCAGAGAAGGGAUCAACUCCCAAAUGACCGUCGUUAUGUCUGGAGGGCUGUCUGGGCCCAAAACGGCUUGGCUUUUCGAAUUUCAUAAACAGACUUGGAUCCCAUUGCCUAACAUGCACCAUGCACACACUCUAGCCAUGUGCGAAUCGAUCAAAACCUCUCGUGGAGUGGAGCUGAUAGUUGCCGGGGGAUUUGAUGAAGUGGGACAGACUCAAGAGAACGUGGAAGUGCUCUCGGUGAAAACUCGGAAAUGGAGAAUGGGUCGUCCUCUCCCAAUGAAGUUGGCUUAUGGAGCCACGUUAUAUCAUUACGAAACCUUCUUGCUGAUAGGAGGAUAUAUUAGCGAGGAUAACGAUUCCAAUAUGAUCUUGGAAUACCAAGGUGAGGAGCAGAAAUGGAUCGUUAAAAAGCAACGGCUGAAGAAGGCCAGAUCGGGUCACGUGGCCAUGUGGGUCAAGAAGAAGCACCUUCAGUGUGAUUCGAGCCGAGAUUGAAAGCAUUCAGAUAGACAAGUUGUCAUGUUUGUAUUCCUGGAUGGGGAGCGCAACAAUACAAUAUGCAUUCAAA